AUGUCAAGCCGUGGAUACUAUCGUGCUCAGGAGGAAAUUGUACAAGCCAAAAUUCUCCAUCGCGAUCCGGGAAUCAUCGAAGAGAACUACGCAUCGAAGCCACCAUCGCGACGUUCUUCAUCUCAUACCAAUCCGGAUAGUUUGGUGAAUCAGAAGCACGCUCAACCACUUCCAUCUCCACUUCAUAGCCCAGUCAGAUCGGUGACCGGAUCUUCGAAACACGAAUCGCCAAAAAUGGCCCCAGCCUCCGAACGUCAACACUCCCGCCAAUCGUCAGCAUCUUCUGAAGAGGAUCUCGGCACUCGUUCAGUUGCAGUUUCAGUUCUCAAAGAUUCUGGAACAAAAGUGGAAAUCAUGCUUAAAGCACAUGGUUUGAAAAAGAAGAAGAGUCUGUUCAACUCGCUGGUUACUGUAUUCAAGAAGCCAAGCCAGCCAUCUCGUCUGUUGGCGAACGGAAAGUUCACAGAGUUUACAUUGACCGAGCACUCGCUUCGAUUCCUUCUCGAAGUGAAAACCGACAAAAAGAAGAAGAAGGGAAAUGGAAAUCGAUUGGAUACAUUCUUAUGUGAAGUUAAGAGAUUCCCAAGUGAUGUGAAUCCAGAUAGUGCUGAGUUUGAGGUCCUCGAGCCAGCAUCCGGAGAAGCUUUCAUUCUUCUGACCCUCAUCAAAGUUGGAAAUCUUUCGACCAACUGGAAGGAAUUCCUCGAUUCCAAUGGAACCAUCGAUGUCUCAACGAUCUAG